AUGGAUUCUUCAAAUCAAUCUUCCCCCCCGCAGACCUCUACCAACGCGGGCAAUUCGAAUGCCGUUGCAAGCUCCUCCACUCCAAAAGCCUCUGGCAAUACGUCCACAGAGACAAAAGUGAGUGACCUUGAGAUAUUUCAACGAACCACCGGCCACAUGGGCGGUUGGAUCAAACAAUCCGACCUCAACCACCCAGAUAAACUUGCUGUGUAG